AUUCCUUUUCCCCAAAAAGAGAUGCGCCCCUUUUCCCUUCUAGCUGGAACGCUCCGGGUGGCCGUUAGCCCCGGGAGGGGCGGGAGUGGAAGAGCCAUGGCUGGGGGAGGGGGACGGGAAGGUUGGUUAGUGAUCUCUUUGGUCAGCCGGGAAGACGGAGAAGGCAGUGACAGCAAGAGACAGGGUGACAUGAGAGAUUCGACUGCACCCUGCCCUGGACAGCUUACAGAUAGAAGAAUUAACCCGUAAAGAGACUGAAGUGGGUUUCAGGAUGGCAAAAGAAGACCUCCCAAGUACCUCAAAGGACUUGCAGGAACUGCAGAGGAAGCUGUCUUUGCUGAUUGAGUCUAUCCAGAAUAACUCAAAGGUGGUUGCCUUUAUGAAGUCUCCGGUGGGUCAGUACCUGGACAGGCAUCCUUUUCUGGCCCUCACUAUGCUGGUGUUUGUUGCUGUGUCGGCCAUUCCUGUUGGAUUCUUCCUGCUCCUUGUGGUGCUUACCUCCCUGGCUGCUCUUGUGGGAGUCAUUUUACUGGAAGGACUGGUCAUCUCUGUGGGUGGCCUCUCACUGCUUUGUGUCCUCUGUGGCUUGAGUUUUGUGUCACUCGUCAUGUCAGGGACAAUCAUGGUGUCCUACGUGAUGGUCUCCAGCCUUGUCAACUACUGGUUUUCUCCCAGAUGCCGUCUGCGACUGUACCCACAUCCUUUGCUGCCGUGUCACUGAACUCCAGAGAUCGCCGGUUUCAUGAAACGGAAUGUGAGUGAUUGGCUUCCCCUAAAAUUGUCCCCAUUGAAGUAACCAUUUCAACUACCACUUGUGUGCAGCUUCUGCAGUCUGCUCCGUGUAGAACAGGGUGUCAUAGGUAAGUGAUGAAUCCCUGAAUUCUACUCCUGCAACCGAUAUUGCACUGUAUGUUAACUAACUAGAAUUUAAAUAGAAGUUGGAAAAGAGAGAAAAAAAAGGGAGAUUGAGCCCAGAAGUUGCAGCAUUCUGGCAAAGGAAGAUCAGGUGUGAGUUGUCCCAAGAAGGUUGAGAAUGACUAACGGUACUUUCAUGAGGUUCUGCUGUGCUUCCUUGAGCAGGAGAGAAAAGGUGGAGCUAGAGAGAGGACGUAGAAUUUGAGAGUAACCUUACCUAUGCCAUGGCAUCCCCCAGAACCCCUGUGCGUGCAUGCAUACACAUAUCCUGAGUGAUUAAAUUAUGCGUGCACGCACGUGCGUGCACACACACACACACACACACACUGAGUGAUUGGUAAGAGCUGUGACAAUUACGAAUUAUUAAAGUGCUUUCUUUGCCUUCCUGAAGGAAAGGAAGGGGGUAGGGAUUACAUACAAAUUUGGUGUGCCUCUUGGGUGUGUCGUUAGGGUGGAUACUAUCCAUCAUGUGUGUGGCAGAAAAGUUGAAAAUCAAUGGUGUUGGGCAUCCCCUUUCCAAACCUCCCUUUUUGAAACAUUUCCACCUUCCAUAGUCCAGCUUAAAUUGAAGUCAUGUCUUGCUGUGUGCACUGUCUUUAUAUGUACAGCCCUUGUGGACCAGGCAUGGUGAACAAGUGACAACCUCUCUGUGUGUUGACUUCCUCAGUCUGUAGUGAGAAUGCUACCCACCCAGAAUCUUUGGGAGGUGGAGGCAAGUGAUCUCUAGAUUAUAAAAGUGCUACAAUACAGUGGAACAAUUAUACCCUUGCUCAACGAAAUUGUCUCUUGUUUGGUGCUAUUCUCUUGCAUUUGUCCUUCCUCCCACCCUGCUUACGUGCCUCCUCUCCACCAGUGCUCUGGGGAUGGAAACAAAGUCUGUCUAUUCACUUUGGGUAGCCUAUAACCUUAUACGUAGAAGCCCCUGAACAACAUUUUCCAUUGACUACAAAGAUCAAGAAGUCUGGAUCUAUAGCCUGUUCCCGUCUGGCAGCAUCUGGAGGCAUUUUUGAUUGUCAUGACUGUGUGUGUGUUUGGAAGAGGGGGUGAGGCUGGCAUCUGGUGGGUUGAGGCCAGGGAUGCUGCUAACCAUCCUACAGUGCAUAUGACACCUCCUUACAAAAAGAUUAUCUGGGCCCAAAUGUUGGUGCCAAGGUUGAGAAAUCUUGAUGUAGACAAAUAAUGAGAAUUAAGAGCAUUAGGCCAAGCAAGGCACAGUUCAUCUGGGAUCAGAGACUGGAGUUGGCCAGGUCUGUGCUAGAGCAGCCAGUUACAGUAAUGGCAUCAGGAAAACACCUUCAUGUUUGUGAAACAGACAUUUCAGGUUUUCAAAGACCUUUCACAUCGAAUACUAUUUUUGACCUUUCACAUCAGUUUUGCAAGGUCAGUCUGUUCCAACUUCAUGCCAUACUCAUCAGCUGGCAGAAGAGGAAACUGGGCCAACAGUUUGCCAGAGGUCUCAGGGCUGGCUGGUGACUAGCCCAUCACCAGCCUGCUAGGUCAGGCACUGUUUGUUCAUCUCUCCCUGCUUUGUUGUUAAAGCAGAAAUGACAUGGGGCACCUGGGUGGCUCAGUCGGUUAAGCUCCAACUUCAGCUCAGGUCAUGAUCUCACAGUUCGUGGGUUCGAGCCCUGCGUUGGGCUCUGUGCUGACAGCUGGGAGCCUGAAGCAUGCUUUGGAUUCUGGGUCUCCCUCUCUCUGUCUGCCUUUCUCUCUUUCUCUCUCAAAAAUAAAUAAAAAUUGGGGCGCCUGGGUGGUUCAGUCGGUUAAGCGUCCGACUUCGGCUCAGGUCAUCAUCUCGCGGUCCGUGAGUUCAAGCCCCGUGUCAGGCUCUGUGCUGACAGCUCAGAGCCUGGAGCCUGUUUCAGAUUCUGUGUCUCCCUCUCUCUGACCCUCCCCUGUUCAUGCUCUGUCUCUCCCUGUCUCAAAAAUAAAUAAAACGUUAAAAAAAAUUAAAAUAAAUAAAUAAAUAAAUAAAUAAAUAAAUGUAUGUUACCAAAAAAAGCAGAAAUGACAAGGCUGGCUGUAGGCAUUAUUCAAGUUUCCAAAACGCGGGAGGAGACUCAAGGUCCUAUACAUAUGCUAUGCCCCUGUUUAGGUGCUGGAGCUAGCUUCAAGCCGCAUUUGAAACCCUUAAAAAAAAAAACAGCCCUUAUGCCCCUGUUUAGGUGCUGGAGCUAGCUUCAAGCCCCAUUUGAAACCCUUAAAAAAAAAAAAAACAAAUGGAUCAGAAGUGUUUCCUAAAGAAAGCGCUUAAUUUCUGAGCCAGAAGAGGGAGCUCACGUUCAGGCAAUAUGAAGCUGGGCCAGCAGGGAGUAGCGCUAACUGGAAGAAGCUUUUGACUCACACAUCAAAUGUUAACUUGCAUCCAUUAAUGUGCAUUGUUAAUGUGCAUUCAUAACAAGGAGUCCUGCUACAGGGCAGAUUCUGAAUCCUUAGGUCUGGAGCAGGACCUGAGUUUAUGCGUUGCUUACCAGCUCCCAGAGGAAGCCUUGCACAGACCACACAGCUUGGGUAACAAGGUAAUAAAUAGAUUGCCUCUUCAGUCCUCUCCUGAAGAUGCACACCUGAGGCCAGACACUGUAAGUCUGCAGUACCAGGGCUAGAACCCAUGUUUCCUGCAUCCAUGCUUGCUUCCUGGCAUCUUCCCUGCCCCUGUGACCCUAACAGAAUUAAGGGAGGAGGAUCCAUUCCUAAGUAUGGAAGAGAAGAGACCAUACUGUCUGCUUUGAAUUGGUAACCUCAUAGAUACUGCCAGUUAUUUUACCAGAAAAAGAUGGGUUUAUUUGUGAAUAAAAGAGAAUUGCAAUUGGGGACAAACAGCAAAACUGUAGGCAAGUCCAGGUUACAAGGGAGAGGCAUGCUUUUUUUUUUUUUUUUUUAAUGUUUCUGUUUGAGAGAGAGAGACAGAGUGCAAGCUGGGGAGGGGCAGAGAGAGAGGGAAACACAGAAUCUGAAGCAGGCUCCAGGUUCUGAGCUGUCAGCACAGAGCCCAGUGUGGGGCUUGAACCCACCAGCUAUGAGAUCAUGACCUGAGCUGACGUUGGAUACUUAACUGACUGAGCCACCCAGGUGCCCCCCCGCCUUUUUUUCUGAGAGAGAGAAAGCAUGUAUGCGUGAGCAUGCAAGCGGGGGCAGAGGGAGAGAGAAUCCCAAGCAGGCUGCAUGCCCAGUGCAGAGCAGGGUCGAUCCCACAACCAUGAGAUCAUGACCUGUGUCAAAAUCAAGAGAGGGACAGCUCAAUGGACUGAGCCACCCAGGUGCCCUGAGGAACGCUCUUUUUAAGGAGAGAAGGGGUAAAUUGGGAAGGCUGUUAUGAACUAAAAGUCCAUUGGAGGAAACUGGGAGUUUGAAGUAUAGUGGCUUCUCAUUGGUUGAACUGUUGCCUGGUGGGGGCGAGGGGGGGCAGGAAAUGAGGAAAACAUCUCUACUUCCACCUGGAAGAGUAGAGUGGUUCCAUAUUCACAGUAAAAUUCAUCUCUUCUGUUGUGUCUGCAAUUGAUUUGGAGUGGUAGGGCAUGGGAACUCUCCAUGCCAAAACUUCCUGACUCCAUUUUAGUGAUGUUUCCUGUUACUAAUUUUCAUAGAAUCAAACUUCUUUGUACUAUAUUUUUGGUCAACCACUUCCCCGCGUGCGUACCAGUGGGAAUUCAAAGAUGAACAGAACAAGACUCUGGUCCUCUUGGGCCUUGUGGGAGCCAAAACAAAAUAAAUGUAACAGAAGGUGUUCUUCUUUGUGAUUUAUACAAAUUUGGCUAUUAAUCCAAAGGACAGCUUACAUAUAACUUGGGGUGUUCUUACAGAUGCAAAUUAUACCCAUAGUCAUUCUCCUAAAAAUAAAGGUUCUUUAAUCCUGAAUCGUUUUGAGUGCUUUUUACCUACAAGAAACAAACUGCCUCCCUUUAAAAAUAGGAAUCCUUAGAAUCUCACUCAACGUCAAAGAUUGUUAAAAUUUCAGCUGAGUAAAUUUGAAGAUCUAAUUGGUUGUGAGAAAUAAAUCCACUGGCCCAAUCAAAGGAGGGACUGGGAGACUUGGAGCACAGUGAAGCAAGGCUUCAAUCAAAGUUCUUGCAAGAGCAGGUAUCUGAUGGACAGGCACAACUUGGGGCAGUUAUAGCAUGCAAUUUAUCUUCUAGCGUGCACGUUACUCCCCUGGUUCCUCAUUGGCUGAGUACUACAGAGGUGACAGACUUACCUGGAAGUCACCUAUGGCCAUGUAGUCUGAUUGGAACAAAUGUACACUCCUUGAGGUGACACAGAGAACUUCAGUUCUUUGGCACAUGCUCAUUGCAGAGCCCACAAAAAAUAAGCCUGGGGAAAUGGAGAGGGGAGGAAUAACCAGGAAGUGAAGUGUCCAAGCGUUGGGGACUCCAUUGUUGCAAGGGAUGGGGGAGGGGUGUGUGUGGGCAGCUUGUACAUAUUUCCAAUAGGUUGUAAACCUAUGGUUAACUAGACAGCACAGCUUUUAUUUGGUAUGUUUGAAAAUGAAUCAUCUCACUUCUCACAUUGGUUUUAUGAAGCAAUUCAUGAAUUCCAUCUAGCAAGUAGAGGGGAUCUCUGAGGAGCUGUACAAAGUGGAAGGUUUUUAUAGGAAAGAGGGUAGGGCAAAGAAGUUAUUAGCAAAAGAAAAAAAUUGUUUUCGGCAAGGUCACUCUCCCUUAGGGGAAGAGCAGGAGGUCUUACACAGAUAAAGAUGAUCUCAUCUUAUUUUGGGGAAUGGAGAGGGCCCAUUGGUGCUGAUUAAAAAAUUCCUGAUUUACCAGUUAAGACUACAUUUCUGGGGUAGGUUGAAACUGCAAUUAGAUUAGGUAUUAAGCUCUGUUUUGGUAACUUGGCCUAGCAUAAGUUAUUCCAUUUUGGGGCCUGUGGUUUUCUUUUUAAAAGAUGCAUGUGACUCCAGGGUUGAUUGAGGAAACACAAUGAAGUAGUCAGGAAUGUAGGUUUUCUGUUUUUACUCCAUCAUUCUCAGAUAGCGUCAUUAGGUUUAUUUCCUCAUGGUCACAAGAUGGCUGCCACAGCUCAAGGAAUCACAAUGUCACACAACCACAUCCACAGGCAGGAAGAAAAGGGGCUAGAAUUACAUAACUUUUUUUUUUUUAAACAAGGAAGCAAAAGACAGAAGCCCCCUUCCAAUAUCCCUCAAUAAAUGUGAUUGAACAGAAUCAUAUGCUUGCUGGUAGCUGAUCUGCAAGAGGAAUGAGACUUUAUCUUCAUUAUUUAGCCCAAUCUGGGUAUAUCCCCUGGGGGAUAUACUACCCCAUUCCAGAACAAGGUCAAAUUUCUCUUAUUAGGGAAGAAGGGAGUGGGGAGAGAAGAAGGAGGAUUCUGGGACCAACUCCAAUGUGUAUGUCAGGGCGGGGUGGGGGUGGGGGGUUUCCCAUACCACCAAGCAAUUCUGACACCAUCUCGUGUCCUACAAUUUAACUGAAUUCUGUGACUCUCUGAUGUCACUGUGGCAUCAGAUCCCACACACAGGUUAAGGUCUAGGUCUUAUAAGACUGACUCCACCCCAGCCCACCCUGCUUCAGGUGCCAGUCACAAGUACAGGUUGUCACCUGUGCUCCUCCUAAUGGACUGGCUACAGAUAGGAGGUUCUGAUGAGACCCUCCUUGGAUUUGAUGAGUUUGCCAGAGUGUCUCAUAGAACUCAGAGAAACAGUGCACUUACUAGAUUACUGGUUUAUUAUUAAAGGAUGUAAUUCAGGAAUAGCCAGAUGGAAUUGAUGCAGAGGCAUGGAGAAAGGACAAGGAACUUCCAUAUCCUCUCUGAAAGCAUCACUCUUCUCAAAUCCCCACCUGUUUGGGUUUUACAGUCAUGAUUGGUUAAGUCCCUGACCACUGGUGACUGAUUCAACCUCUGUGCUCUCUCCCCAUCAAGGGGGUGGGACUGAAGGUCUCUACAGUCUAUUUGAGGUUGGUGUCCCUGGCAACAAAUCCCCUUCCCUGGUUAUCUAGGGGCUUUCCUUAAGUCGUCUAUUAACAUUACAAAAGACUCCUUGAUUGCCCUCUUCACUUAGGAGAUUCCCAGGGUUUCAGGAGUUCUGUGCUAGACCUGGACAAAGACGAAAUAUGUAUUUAUUAUAAAUCACAGUAUUACAGUAAAAGA